CCCAAACAAAAUUGUUUUGUGGCCACAGCCUACUGUUUGUGACAGUUCGAUAAUCCAUGUCAAUUAUUUUACAAUUAUUUUAUGUUUAUAACUUUUUAGAUUGGAAUCAUAUCCUUUAAAGACUAUAAAUUGAACCCUUUGUUUAAGUUUACAAAGAACAAUGUCUAUGUCGGGAAGUAUUAGCCCCAGCAAAGAAUCUUUAAGUGUUAGCGGUAGUAUUACAAGUAGUGAUAAUCUACCCAGAGACAUCAGUAGACUGUCUUUGGGAUCAACAACUUCUCAAGAUGAGCACUUCAGAUGCGAGGGACAUGCAGAGCAUAGUCUCUCUUGUAUGAAAUCAUAUUUGCAAGCUGGAAAGUUAUGUGAUAUUACACUUGUGGCUGGCAGCAAUGGCAAGAGAGUUCAAGCACAUAGAUUAGUUUUAUCAGCUGCUAGUGAAUACUUUUCAACAAUGUUCACUGGCAGUUUGAGGGAUCCUGAACAGACUGAAGUAACGUUAGGUGAUGUCAAUGGUGAUGUGCUGCAAGCUGUGGUGAACUACUGUUACACAGGGACCAUUGAAAUUAGGGAGGACAAUGUUGAGACACUUUUGUCCACCGCCUGUUUAAUGUUGUUGCACGAAGUUGUGGAAGCUUGCUCUAGAUUUCUGGCACAUCAAUUACAUCCUAGCAAUUGCUUAGGCAUUGCUGUUUUUGCAGAAUAUCAAAACUGCUCAAGUUUAUUGAUGGAAGCUAAUUCUUAUACCAGUCAGCAUUUUAUGCAGGUAAUUCGCAACCAGGAAUUUCUUCAGUUAACAGUGGAGCAAAUGACAACCUUGUUGAAUAACGAUGUGCUGAAUGUACCAUCAGAAGAACACAUAUUCCACGCGUUGAUGAAUUGGGUGAACCACGAUCCCGUCGAACGGAAACAGUACGUCGGGCAGCUGCUGGAACUAGUAAAGUUACCUUUACUCAGUCCAGCUUUCCUAACGGACCACGUAGAAGCUAUAGUUGGCGACGAUAUCAACUGCCAAAAAUUAAUAAUUGAAGCGAUGAAAUGGCAUCUCCUCCCCGAAAGACGACUCCAAAUGGCGUGCGCAAGAACUCGUCCCAGAAAGGCAACUCUCGGCAAGUUGUUUGUUGUGGGUGGUAUGGAUAAAAAUAAGGGUGCAACCACGAUAGAAUGUUACGAUCCCCGUCGUGAUAUGUGGAGUGUAGCAUACAACAUGAGUGGCAGAAGAUUGCAGUUCGGCAUCGCCCUUAUGGGAGAUAAAUUGUUGGUGGUUGGUGGAAGAGACGGUUUGAAAACAUUGAACACAAUGGAAUGUCUCGACAUGGAUUUGGGCUCUUGGUGUCAAUUGUCGCCGAUGAAUACUCACCGACAUGGUUUAGGUGUCGCUGUGCUGGGCGGCACCUUGUAUGCAGUAGGGGGACAUGACGGUUGGAGCUAUCUAAACACUGUGGAGAGGUGGGAUCCUGUAGCCAGGUCGUGGCAGUACGUGGCACCGAUGCAAAAUCAGCGAUGUUCAGCCGGCAUAGCCGUGCUAAAUGGGAAGCUUUACGCAGUUGGUGGCCGAGACGGUGCAUCGUGUCUGAGAACGGUAGAAUGUUAUGACCCGCACACGAACAAGUGGACCCCUACGGCACCGUUGACGCGACGGAGGGGUGGAGUCGGUGUGGCCGUGGCGAACGGAUUUCUAUACGCCAUGGGAGGACAGGACGCGCCCGCCAAUAAUCCAGCCGCCUCGCGGUUUGAUUGCGUCGAGAGAUACGAUCCAAGUACCGAUACGUGGUCAACAGUGGCUUCGCUGUCGAGUAAAAGAGACGCGGUGGCGGCGUGUCUGUUCGGUGAUAAACUGUAUGCAAUUGGAGGCUAUGACGGUGGACAUUAUUUACGGACUGUGGAACAGUAUGAUCCACAUACAAAUGAAUGGACGACUGUGGCGCCUCUUAUAACUGGAAGAGCUGGUGCCUGUGUAAUAGCCAUGAGCAAUAACCCAAAUACGGCCCCUGAGCAAUAAAUAAUCUCUGGAUACUGAAACGUGCAGUUAACCUUACCAUUCUUCCUUAUUGUCAACGAAACUGGAAAUUUAUUUUAUUUAUUUAUUUUAAUUUAAUCAACAUUAAGAUUUAAGAUUCAAUAAUUUUAUUAAGAUAACGAUCCGUAAAACAAUGCAAACAGAAGAUGGUAUGGUUUUGUGCGUCAUUUGUGAUAAGAAAACUACAUUAUUUUAUUAACUGGCCCUUACAGUGUUUCUUCAUAUAAUAUUGUGACACUAACUUUUUAUCAUAAUUUUUUAAUUUUAUUAUUUUCCCAUCUUGAUGUGAGCAUUUUAAAUAUUUAUAGACUGAACAGGCAGCAUUUAUUUCAGUAAACUGAAUUAUCAAGACUGAAGCAAAUCUGAAUAUGUAAUUUUUGAUGUGUAAACUGCAAUUUAAACAUUCUAUUUAAUGUAAUUAAUAAGUUGGUAUUAUUCAAGCUUUACCAUUCCACGUUAUUAGCGUUUUUUGCUUUGUUAAAAUUUUUAUAUGUAAACUGAUGUCAUUUAUUUCUGUAAGCCGGGUACAAAAGGCCAAAAUUUUAUUCUAUACAUAAUCUGAAACUAUUCCUGUGAUAUUGUAAUAUAAGCAUAAAAAUUACCCUUACAGAAAUGAAUGUUUUUAGAAAGGUUUGUAAACCUUUCAUUAGUGGAUUCAAUGGUGAUUGGUGGUUAUUUUUUGUAGAAUUUAGACGUUAUGUACAAUCAGAUCUGUAAAUGCUAAUAGAGAGACUGAUUGCGUUCAAUUUUAAUAUUGUCAGUCUCAAAUUUUAACAGAACUGAUUGAAAUAAAUAAAAUUGUGAUAAUUUGUGAAUAGGAUUCUUAUAACCAAAAAUUGUACUUUUUCAAUAAUAAUUACCUUAUUGUAA